AUGGGCAGUGCCGCCAUCAAGGAUGACACUAAUUACUAUUUUCCCCCGCACCACGCCAAGGCCGGGUGGUCUGGCCGGGUGGCCCUGAUGCAAGUGCUGCUUGCCCAGCUGGCUCUGCCGGCGGGACGCGGCAAGAGGAAGCGCUCGGGGACAGCCGCGGUCACCUCAGAGCGUGAGGGAAACAACGUCGGCAUCCCGCCUGGGGAAGGCACCGUGUCCUUCCCUGCGGUGACGGAGACACAGCCCGGGCACAGCUUCGUGCGGGGCUCCAUCCUGCCUGCGCUGGUGCCUGCCGGCCGCGGGGGCAGCCCACCGUGCCCGGGCGGGGAGGUGGCGCGGGCGGGCUGCCGGCGUGUGCCGGGGGAGCAGGGCGAUGCUGAGGUGGCGGAGGCGUGCGGGCGGAGCAGCCGUGCCGCCUGCCCGGCGCUCGUGGCAAGAGCUGACACCAUGAAGCAGCUGAUCAUUCGCACACUGCUUCUCUGGGCCACCGUGGGGCUGGCUGGGGCAUGUCCCACAGGCUGUCAGUGCCAAGACCCCAAGACCAUCCUGUGCGCAGCCAGACGGGGCCACACCGUGCCUCGGGGGCUGCCCCCCAAUACCCUCUCCCUCUAUGUCUUUGAGAACGGCAUCACGAUGCUCAAUGAGGACAGCUUUACAGGCCUGCCUGCCCUCCAGCUCCUGGACCUCUCCCAAAACAAGAUCACCAGCAUCCAGAGAAACAUCUUUCAACCCCUGACGGAGCUUGUCAACUUGGAUCUGUCCUCCAACCAGCUGCAGGAGAUCACCAAUGAGACCUUCCACGGGCUGCGGCUGCUGGAGCGGCUCUACCUGCAGAAGAAUAGGAUCCAGCACAUCCACACUGCUGCCUUUGACACGCUGGAGAACCUGCUGGAGCUGAAGCUGCAGAACAACCAGCUCCAGGCUGUGCCCCCCCUCGAUCUGCCCAACCUUCUGUUGCUGGACAUCAGCUGGAACAAGAUCUCCACCAUCACACCAGGGGCUUUCCAUGCUGUCAACAUCGAGUCCCUGAAGAUUGCAGGGCUGGGCUUGACGAGCUUAAACGAGGAGCUCUUCCAGACCCAGAACAACCUCCACGAGCUGGACAUCUCUGACAACCUGCUGGAGCAUGUGCCGGCAGUGCUGCGGCGACUCGGAAGCCUUACCAAGCUUAGCCUGGCUGGCAACACCCGCAUCUCCCAGCUGCUGCCAGAGGACUUCCACAACCUUCACAACCUCCAGGAGCUGGACAUCAGCAACCUCAACAUCAACACCAUCCCUCGGGAUUUCUCUGGCUUCUUCCCCAGGCUUCGGGCCAUGACGGCCGCUGGCAACCCCUUCAACUGCAUCUGCCCCAUGAGCUGGCUGGUGCAGUGGGUGAAUGCCAGCAGUGUGGUCCUCCGGCGGCCCGAGGAGACACGCUGCCACUUCCCUCCCAAAAACUCUGGCAAGCUCCUCCACCACCUGCAGUAUUCUGACUUUGGCUGCCCCACCACCACCACCACCAUCACCACCACCACCACCACACCACACACAACCACACUGCCACCGCCCGCACCAUUCCCCACCAGCAGCCACCCUGUGCUGCAGCCCAGCACCGCUGCUCCCACACCAGGGGCCACAGCCCCGCAGGCCAGCUCCACACUAGUGCCCUUCAGUAGGCCACCGGCCCCCACCAGCGCCCCCCCACCCAUCUGUCCCCCUCGCACGUGUCUGAACGGUGGCACUUGCCACCUGGGCACCCAAAACCUUCUGGAAUGCCUAUGCCCGGCAGGCUUCACUGGGAUGUACUGUGAGGUGGAGGUGCAGGGGACAACGCCAGCGCUGGCCACGCCAGCCCCACCACCGAGCCGACGGAUCAGCAUUGCUCAGGUCAGCAGCACCUCCCUCAAAGUGGACCUGCAGAACUACAUCCAGUCCAAAGCCCAGCUGAAGGGCAUCCGCUUGAGCUACCGCAACCUCUCUGGGCCGGACAAGCGGCCGGUGAUGCUGCGCUUACCGGCGUCGCUCUCUGAGUACACGGUGCGAGCACUGAAGCCCAACUGCACCUACCGCAUCUGCAUUGGGCCCUUGGGAGAGAAGGUCUCCAAGGAGGAGCACUGUGCUGAGGCCCAGACCUUGCCUGCCAGCCACCAGCAGCACUCGCCUGUCACCCAGAGCAAGGACAGCAACCUCGCUCUUAUGAUUGUCCCGGCACUGGCCGCCGCGCUGCUGCUGGUGGUGGUGGUGACUGCUGGCAUGUACUACCGGCGGCAGCGCCGGGCGAAGGCGCAUGCUGGCAACGGGGUGGAGGCUGGCCCGCUGGAGCUGGAGGGGGUGAAAGCCUGCCUGGAGAAUGGGGAUCUGAGUGGCCAUGGCCACAAGGUGCCGGAGGCAGCCAUGCUCUCCAGCGAGUGUGAGGUGCCGCUCAUGCAGUCACACUACCCCAGCAACAACAACACCCCAGGGCUCAAACCCUCCUAUUUCUGA